AGCUCUGAACCCUUCACGCCAUUGCUCAUAAAGUAGUCCAAUUUUGGUCUUCUAUCAAUGCUGUGGUUAAUUUGAUCAUUUUCUUAAAGCUGAGCUUCUAAUUCUGCUUAGCGGUGGGAUUGGAUUGAACCUGUUCUAGUUUUUUGUCCGGUUUUAGUAAUUUGAUAGUUAAUCUGAGUAAAUCACUAUUUUAAUGGAGCAAAUGGAAGGAACUGAGGUUAGAUCCGCGAGUUGCGGAGCCAAAUCCGAAGAAAUUGAAGUUGAUUCGUUUCGAUUCCGCGAAGAAAUUCAACGAUUAAUGCCCAUACCACCACCGGAGACUGGUAGUUCCUUCACCGCUCUUCUUGAACUUCCGGCGAAUCAAGCCAUGCAGAUCCUAGACUCCCCGGAAACUGAUGAUGCGCCGCCAACACUUUACGGCUGCCGAAUUGAACAUCCCAAACCUUGUAUGACUAUUUUCCCGUCGUGCACGGCUUUAGUAGAUCAAACUUCGAAGCCCUCCGUCUUUGCAACGGCCGAAAAGUGUUGGCGAAUUCGAGCUCAAAAUUGGAUAAGAUCAUCAGCAAAGAGAAAGGAGCGAGAAAAGAAGGUUAAAGGAUCGAACGACAAGAGCAAAACUGUAGCAAAUGAGAAAAUCGAAGAUGGCGAAAAGCUUCCGUACGUUCACGUUCGAGCUCGUCGUGGUCAAGCAACAGAUAGCCAUAGCUUAGCUGAAAGAGCGAGGAGAGAAAAGAUUAAUGCAAGGAUAAAGCAACUGCAAGAACUGAUCCCGGGAUGUAAAAAGGCUUUAGUUAAAAGGCUAAUGUCUUUUCGGAAAGUAUACGAGGCUAAUGUUGUCACACCCCCACCCCCGAUCACAUAA